AUGCCUUGGCAUAGUGUUGAAAUUUUCCCAGCUAGCCUGAUAUUUGCCCAAGGCUCCUCGUUGUCCUCCAAGACACUUCUCUCCAACUUCUGGGUGUUCACAACAUCAUCUUUGCUUACGAUCAUGCGUCUUUUGAACGCAAGGACAAUCGCAGUCGAGGACUUCUCUGCAAAGCAGGUUCCGCCUUAUGCCAUUCUUUCUCAUACAUGGGAAGAUGGCGAAGUCACCCUGCAGGAUAUGGAGCGCCAGACGGCCAGCACGAAAGGUGGCUACGCCAAGAUCCGAGACUCUUGCGAGCAGACUCUGCGGGAUAAUCUCGAAUACAUCUGGGUCGACACAUGCUGCAUCGACAAGACCAGCAGCGCAGAGCUUUCGGAAGCCAUCAACGCCAUGUUCCGGUGGUAUCAGGACUCGACCAUAUGCUACGCCUUCUUAUCCGAUGUGCCUAGUGAUACGGAUUUCGAUGAAAGCUCGGCAUUCGCGAAGAGUCGGUGGUUCACACGCGGCUGGACACUUCAAGAGCUUCUGGCUCCUGCAAAGCUCGACUUCUACUCUAGAUCUUGGGAUCGUCUUGGCAGCAAGGCAGACCUUGGAAAGGCCAUCAGCUUCAUUGCAAGGAUCGACGAAACAUUUUUGAAAGGUCGACCCAUUAGAGAAGCCUCAAUAGCUGCGCGAAUGUCAUGGGCCGCGAGGAGGGAGACGUCCAGGGAAGAAGACCGGUCCUACAGCCUGCUUGGUCUUUUUGACGUCCAUAUCCCGCUACUGUAUGGCGAAGGAGGCAAGAACGCUUUCUUUCGAUUGCAAGAGGAACUUGUUCGGAAAAGCGACGACCAGUCGAUACUUGCGUGGUAUUCGUUCGAUGAAGCUGCGGCGCCUGUUUCUUGGGACACGCAAAUGAACAAUCAGAACUCAUCUGUACUCGCGGACUCCCCAGAUCAAUUCCGGAGUUGCGGCAAUAUUGUGACUACGAGGGCAAGUAUCUGA